AUGCUCAAGUGGGAUUGUGUUGUUAAGGACGAGUGUUACCAGAUAAAAGAGCGCAAGUCAGAAAUCACAAAAGCGAUGGCCGAGAUCAACGCCCUGUUCCGCAUUGGAUUGACUGGAACAGUUAUCCAGAAUAAAUACGAAGAACUGUGGGUGUUGCUCAACUGGGCUAAUCCUGGUAAACUUGAUCCGAUAACGGCCUGGAAGAAUACGGUCUGCAUACCACUAAAGCUGGGCCAGAGUCACAAUGCUUCGAAUUAUGAGCUUGCUCGAGCGAGAAAGACGGCGAAGAUGCUUGUCACUAAUCUUUUGCCGCACUUCUUUUUGCGGCGUAUGAAAGCGCUCAUAAGAGCGCAGCUUCCUAAGAAGACUGAUCGCGUCGUGUUUUGCCCAUUGACACUCACACAAGCGAAAGCUUACGAGGAGUUUCUACGCAGUGAUAUUGUGUCGUACAUCAGAGAGAGCGGCCGGCUUUGCGAUUGUCGCAGUGGCAAGAAGGCUAGAUGGUGCUGCAACAUGGUGCUGGAAGACGGAACUCCGUGGCAGAAUCGGGUCUUUCCUGCGAUAGCCAACCUUCAGAAGAUAUCAAAUCAUUCAGCCAGUCUCAUCUCCCAAGGCAGUGGCUCGAGCGAGAAACAAGCGAAAGCUCUCGACCUGCUCGAGAUCGCAAUGCCCGAUCAAUGGUGGGAACUGUACAAAACUCGCGACAGCAUUUUGCAUACUGGCAAUUCCGAUACGCAAUUCAACGUGGAGUACCUCGACGGUAGUAUGACGUAUGAAGAUCGGUAUCAAGCCGUCAAGGAAUUCAAUACCGACCCUACCCAAUUCAUGUUCCUGAUCAGCGCGAAAGCGGGCGGUGUAGGACUGAAUAUCACCUCGGCCAAUUAA